AUGACCCAAAACGAAGCAAUAUCACAGGACUGUACAAUGAAUAAUGAAUCCAUGCAGGAACAACAAAAUUCACUCAGUCAAGAGCCAGUUAUUAAUGCAGAUACAGUUUUCAAAUGCCCUCAAUGUAGAUAUCCACUUUUUAAGGGAAGUGACAUCAUUCAACAUGAAGCAACCAAAGUAAGAAAGAUAGUCAAAAAGAGAAAGCAAUAUGCUUCUAAAGAAAAUGGCUGUCAUUCGUAUUUUAUUGAUAAACCUGACUGGCUUGAUGCAACUGGAAGACUUAAUGAUACAAUAAACUGUCCUAGAUGUCAUAUUAAAUUAGGUCAUUUCAAUUGGUAUGGCUCUCAAUGUUCCUGUGGCGAAUGGAUUAAACCAUCCUUCCAAUUUCCAAAAUCUCGUGUAGAUGCAAUUUAA